GGUGGAAUUAUUCCAUGAAAUUAACCCAGUUGUAAAUAAAAUUUGGGGCUUCAGUGCUCUGUUUAACAGGCGUGCAAGUGCGAUUUAUCAGAGAAGAGAGAAAGAAAGAGAGACGAGGGGGAUCGCAUUACCGCCGAUCUCUUCAAAAGCACAAGAAAAAGGUGCCCACUCACUCACGAAGAAUAACCCAAGAUCCGAUCAGAUCAGAUCUAUCUUCACUUCUCUCCCUCUCAACUCCUCAGAUUCUCUCUCUCUCUCUCUCUCUCUCUCUCUAUGUAUGUAUUCGCAUGUAUCUUCAUUCCCGAUCGAUGAAGCAAAAGAAUGAGAUGUUUUGCUUCUUGAUUCCCAUAUGGAAUCAAUGCGAAAAUUCUAAGGUUUCUUCUUCGACACAGCAAUUGGUUGUUAGGGUUUAGGAAAUGUGUUAGAUAUUGAGCUAGGGUUUGUAAAAGGCAUGGUCUUCGGGCCUGUAAUCGUUGUUUGUUGUGCGAUUGCAUGAAGAUUUGGUGUUGUUGUUACGGCGAAGAAGAGGAGCUUAUAUAUAAUAAGAAAGGGACAAUGAGGGAGGGCACUUUCGGAAAUGAAUGCGAGGACAUGGCCGAGGAUGAUGAUAUGGAAAAUGACGAGUCUGAGCGCUUUCUACUAGGGUUUUCGCUGGGAAGCCUUGAUGAGUUACAGUCACAGGUGGCGGUUGAUGCAAGGAGUGACCUUGGAGAGAAGAGAGAGGGGCCAGGUGGUGCUACCACUGCUGAUGCUGGGUUUGGUUUCACGGUUGGUAGCUCCCUGGUUUUUGACCCCUUGGCUUCUACUAGCGUUCAGGGUGCCAUGGAUGUUGAUUUGAAUUUGGGCUUGAGUGAAGACCCAUCGUCUUCCUCCGCAGCAUUGGACAGAGAGGAAACUGAUCGGGAUUCCCACAAUAAACGCCCUAAAGUGCAUUCCUUUUCUCUGGACUGGGAGUGCCAUUUUGCAGCCACAACUUCUUCGGAUACCGACAGUUGCAAUUUCCAUACGACAGACUACAAUACUAAGGAGUGUUCCUUCAAGAAUGAGACCUUUUACCUUUCUCCACUUGUAAAUGGUGGGGUUGAUGAGAAUCCCCUUGAUUCUGAGAGAGAUGGAGGAGAUGGGUGCAAUAUCUCAAAGUUGGAAGAUUUAGACGUUCGAAUGGAUCUUACUGAUGACUUAUUACAUAUGGUAUUCUCUUUCUUGAAACACAUCGACCUUUGUCAGGCAGCCAUGGUCUGCAAGCAGUGGCAGGCAGCUAGUGCACAUGAAGAUUUCUGGAGAGUUUUGAACUUUGAGAAUCGUAACAUAUCUGUGCAACAAUUUGAGGAUAUGUGUCGUCGUUAUCCAAAUGCCACUGAAGUGAACAUUUAUGGUGCCCCUGCUACUCAUUCCCUUGUUAUGAAAGCAGUUUCAUCAUUAAGGAAUCUUGAGGCUUUAACUUUGGGAAAAGGACAAAUAGGGGAAACUUUUUUUCAAGCCCUAACAGAUUGCCAACUGUUGAAGAGUCUGGUUAUCAAUGAUGCUACCCUUGGUAAUGGUAUUCAAGAGAUACCUAUAUACCAUGAUAGACUGAGACAACUUCAAAUUGUGAAAUGCCGAGUGCUCCGUAUUUCUGUCAGGUGCCCCCAACUCGAAACCUUGUCUUUAAAGCGCAGUAGUAUGGCUCAUGCUGUGCUCAACUGCCCUCUUUUGCGUGAUCUUGAUAUAGCCUCUUGCCACAAGUUUUCAGAUGCUGCAAUUCGUUCAGCAGCAACAUCAUGCCCACUUUUAGAGUCUUUAGAUAUGUCCAAUUGUUCAUGUGUGAGUGAUGAAACACUACGCGAAAUUGCCCUUACUUGUGGUAAUCUCCAUGUUCUUAAUGCUUCAUACUGCCCAAACAUCUCUCUUGAGUCUGUAAGACUGCCCAUGUUGACAGUUCUCAAGCUUCACAGUUGCGACGGCAUUACUUCUGCUUCCAUGGCAGCAAUAUCUCAUAGUUAUAUGUUGGAGGUCUUGGAGCUUGACAAUUGCAGUUUAUUGGCGUCGGUGUCCUUGGAUCUCCCACGCCUGCAGAAUAUAAGACUUGUCCAUUGUCGCAAGUUCAUUGAUUUAAAUUUACGAAGUAUCAUGCUGUCAUCUGUUACAGUGUCAAAUUGCCCUUCACUCCAACAAAUUAACAUCACAUCAAAUUCACUACAAAAAUUAGUGCUGCAAAAGCAAGAAAGCUUGACAACUUUAGCAUUGCAAUGCCAGUGUUUGCAAGAGGUGGACCUUGCAGAUUGUGAAUCUUUAACAAAUUCUGUAUGCGAAGUUUUCAGUGACGGUGGUGCAUGCCCUAUGCUAAAAUCAUUAGUUCUUGAUAACUGCGAGAGCUUGACAGCUGUGGGAUUCUGUAGUACUUCAUUAGUCAGUCUUUCCCUUGCUGGUUGCCGUGCUGUUACAUCUCUUGAACUCAAAUGCCCGUAUCUUGAGAAAGUUUCUUUGGAUGGCUGUGAUCAUCUUGAAAGAGCAUCAUUUUGCCCUGUUGGUCUCCAGUCUCUUAAUUUGGGAAUAUGUCCUAAACUGACUGUACUCCAUAUUGAAGCACCAUGCAUGGUGUUGGUUGAGUUGAAAGGAUGUGGUGUAUUAUCUGAGGCAUCUAUUAAUUGCCCUCUCCUAACUUCUCUGGAUGCUUCCUUUUGCAGCCAACUGAAGGAUGACUGCCUGUCUGCAACAACUGCAUCAUGCCCUCUCAUUGAAUCACUCAUAUUAAUGUCAUGCCCAUCUGUUGGUUCUGAUGGUCUCUCUUCUUUGCGUUGGCUUCCACAUUUGACCUCACUGGAUUUAUCAUAUACCUUUUUGACAAACUUGCAGCCUGUUUUUGAGUCCUGUUUGCAGUUGAAGGUUUUAAAAUUGCAGGCAUGCAAAUAUCUUGCUGACUCAUCAUUGGAGCCUCUUUACAAAGAAGGUGCUCUCCCAGCCCUUUGUGAGUUGGAUUUGUCGUAUGGGACCCUCUGUCAGUCGGCCAUUGAGGAGCUUCUGGCUUGCUGCACUCAUCUAACUCAUGUGAGCUUGAAUGGAUGUGCGAAUAUGCAUGACUUGAAUUGGGGUUUAAAUAGUGGUCAGCUUUCUGAGCUGCCUAGCAUUUGUGGUUCAUCUGACUUUUCUUCUCUAGAUGAAUUACCCCUGCCAAUUGAACAGGCCGACCGUUUGCUGCAGAACCUCAAUUGUGUUGGUUGUCCAAACGUUAAGAAAGUUCUCAUUCCUCCAGCAGCCCGGUGCUUCCAUUUGUCAUCACUAAAUCUUUCCCUGUCCACAAAUCUGAAAGAAGUUGAUGUUGCUUGUUUCAAUUUAUGCUUUCUUAAUUUGAGCAAUUGUUGCUCCUUGGAAAUUUUAAAACUUGAAUGUCCAAGGUUGUCUAGCCUCUUUCUUCAGUCAUGCAACAUUGAUGAAGAAACGGUUGAAGCUGCUGUAUCGCAAUGCAACGCACUCGAGACACUUGAUGUCCGCUUUUGUCCAAAGAUAUGCCCCUUGAGCAUGGUGAGGAUACGGGCAGCAUGCCCCAGUUUGAAGCGCAUCUUUAACAGCCUGUCACCUACAUGAUAUGAUGUGAUGUGAUGUGAUGUUAUCUGAGAAUUUGGUGUAAUCUGAUCUGAGUGCUUAUUUGCUUUUGCUUGCACUCUUCUUUAUUUUAUUUUAUGUAUUGUUGUAGAGAAAUGUGUGGGUGGUCGGUCUCCAUUUUGUUGGUGGUACUGUUGUUUUUAGGUGUAUUUGAGUACUUCAUGUACUGUUGUUUCUGGUCUCUCUGAUGUAAUUGGUACAAUAAAAUUUUCUUCACAAUUUUAUAAAUCAUUAUUAUUUGUUUGGCAUCA